CGCUGAGCGGCGGAGGACUGAGUGAGACAUGUACCAGGUCCAGGGCAAAGGGGAAAGGGUCGUUGCCAUGGUGCUGAAGGAGCUUCCUGGUAAAAAGGCAUCCUCUGAAGGAAACCCCCUCCUCACCGUGACAACCAAGCUGGUCGGGGAGCAGCAGGAGAGUCGACCCCUGCUGAGUCCCUCCAUCGACGACUUCCUGUCGGAGAGCCGCGGUGACGCCCCUUCGACCCGACCCCUCACCUCCAACACAGCAGUUCUGUCCACGGCUCUGGACCUGGUGGACCUCAGCGAGCCGGGGGAGAGCAGCGGGGGCAGCAGCGGGGGCAGCAGCGGGGGCAGCAGGAGGAAGGGCAGCUCGAGGAGUCCUCGACGCCGAGCGAGGCCCGAGGAGACCGAGCUGAUCCAGGUGGAGGUGGAGCACCUGCCGGGCAGUCCCAGAACACCUGAGAGGAUCUCACUGGACUCAGUCAGUCUGUCGUCUCCACUGGACAAAUGGGACGAUGUGAACCUGGACGCGGAGGACGGAGGACGCAGGAGGAGAUACGAGAAGAGAUGCACCUCCCACCACUCGUCCAGUGAACUGCUGUGGUCUGCAGAGUUUAAAACCGAUCCACUGACCAAGACUUCCUUCGACAUCCACAGCUUCGAUGAUCUGGACUUCAAACCGUCAACACAGCGCAGACGGACUCGUUCCCUGCUGGCCAGAAACGAGUCUCUGGAGGAUGAGUUUGUCAGAGCGAAGGCUGCUGUUGAGUCCGACACAGAGUUCUGGGAUAAGAUGCAGGCGGAGUGGGAGGAGCUUGCUCGGAGAAACUGGCUGGAGGAGUCUGAGGGUGAGCGGCCAAACCCGCCCACCGUCUCACCUGUGGAGAAGGGUUACUACUUCAACACCAACAACCCGUACAGAGAUUGGCCCAACGCCUUCGCAGAGGGUCAGGAGAAAGCUCGGGAAGGAGACCUGAACGCUGCUGUCCUGCUGCUGGAGGCCGCCAUCUUACAGGACCCGCAGGACUCUGAGGCCUGGCAGAUUCUGGGAAUGACUCAGGCAGAGAACGAGAACGAGCAGGCUGCCAUCGUGUCCCUGCAGAGGUGUCUGGAGCUCAACCCCAACAACCUGCCAGCCCUCAUGGCGCUCGCCGUCAGCUUCACCAACACCGGCAUGCAGCGGGAGGCCUGCGACGCCCUGCGACGCUGGAUCAGCCACAACCCCCGCUACAAACAUCGGGUUCUUGACCACAGGAGCCUGCUACAGGGCUCCCCGGCCACGCCACGCAGGGGCCCCGACACCUCCACACAGGACAGGUCAGGGCUGCAGGAUGUGUUGCUUCUCUUCCAGGAUGCGGCUCUGUUGAAUCUGGACUGUGUGGAUCCAGACCUGCAGACUGGACUAGGAGUCCUCUUCAACCUUAGCUCAGACUUCAACAAAGCUGUGGAGGCUUUUACUGCAGCGCUGUCCGUCAGACCACAGGACUACCUGCUGUGGAACCGUCUGGGAGCGACGCUGGCCAAUGGGAACCGCAGUGAGGAGGCGGUGGAGGCGUACACCCGAGCUCUGGAGCUGCAGCCAGGAUUCAUCCGGUCCAGAUACAACCUGGGAAUCAGCUGCAUCAACCUGGGAGCUCACAGGGAGGCGGUCAGUAACUUCCUGACAGCUCUGAACCAGCAGAGGCGGAGUCAGCGCUGCAGCCACCAGCAGAUGUCGGCCAACAUCUGGGCUGCCCUGCGUAUCGCAAUCUCCAUGAUGGACCGACCUGAGCUUUUCCAGGCCGCCAACAUCGGGGACCUGGACCUGCUGAUGAGCGCCUUCGACGUGGGCGACGUCUGACGGAGGACGGGGUUCCCGGUCAGACUGAGCGUUGUGUCCCAGACACAGUGGACGAGGAGACAGUUUGGUUUGAAACCAAAGAGACGACGGCUGCAGAUCACAGGAAAAUCCUUCGCAAUAUAACAGCACAA